AAGCACGAGAGCUUCUUUUGAGCGUCCGCUUCAUUUGUGCCGCGCGCCCGUCUCGCCGUUAGUCCAACCGAGAAAGAUGGCCGCCGCCGCCAAGCUGCUGACCAGCGCGGGCCUGCUGCUGGCGUUCGGUUCACUCUGCCUGCUCGCCAUGGCCAUCUGCACCGACUACUGGUACGAGACGGACGCGCGGCGGCACCGUGAGCGCUGCAAGAGCUACGCGAGCAACCGGAACGACCCGGGCUACAUCUCCAUCUCGAACCGCAACCUGCCUCUCCGGAUGCCUCCAGAAACCGGUGCUGGAGGUUUGACCAGAGAGAAGCGGUACCUCGCUGCUCCACUGGCGGCUAUGGAGUUGCACUGCAGCCGCCGGUUCAAUUCCACCGUGUCGGGUUUGUGGAGGAAGUGUUACCGCAACGGCUUCGACCUGGAGACCGACGAGCUCAUUUACAGAGGUGUGAUUCACAGAUGUACCCCAGUGACGUAUCACUACACUUCCUCCAUCCUGCCCCGAAAUCUGCCAGUCAACAUCACUAAAACUAUCCGACAAGAUGAGUGGCAUGCUCUGCAUCUGCGCAGGAUGACUGCAGGCUUUGUGGGCAUGGCUGUCUCCAUCAUCCUCUUUGGGUGGAUCAUCGGGGUGCUGGGCUGCUGCCAGCAGCACGACCUCAUGCAGUAUGUAGCUGGCCUACUCUUCCUCAUGGGAGGAACCUGCUGUAUCAUCUCCUUGUGCACCUGUGUGGCGGGAAUCAACUUUGAGCUGUCACGGUAUCCUCAGUACUUGUACGGCCUUCCCGAGGACGUCAGUCACGGCUACGGCUGGUCCAUGUUUUGUGCCUGGGGUGGUCUGGGUCUUACGUUACUGGCUGGCUUCCUGUGCACACUUGCACCAUCCCUAAGCAGCCCCUCGACCCAUACAGCCGUCCAUAAACCAAGGCACGAGAAUGGCACUGUGUGAGAAACCUUCCCACAAAUUUUACACAUCAU